UCUUCUUCUUCUUCUUCUUCUUCUUCGCUUCCCGAUCAAAUAUUUAUCCCGGUUUUUCCUUCUUUUAUUCCUCUUGAUCUGAGAGACGAAGGAAAGAGAAAGAACAUGGCGGGUGGUGGAUUUGUUGCGGCCAGUGAGCCGGGUAAGACUUACCCGGGAAAGCUUACCAUGUAUGUGGUUAUGGCUUGUAUUAUUGCUGCCUCCGGUGGUUUGAUCUUCGGUUAUGACAUCGGUAUUUCCGGUGGAGUGACAUCUAUGGAUUCGUUUCUGAGCAAGUUUUUCCCUUCGGUGUAUCGGAAGGAGAAGGCAGACCAGUCGAAGAAUCAGUACUGUAAAUUCGACAGCCAGACGCUGACUAUGUUUACUUCGUCGCUCUACCUCGCGGCUCUUGUGGCAUCCCUCUUUGCUUCCACGAUGACAAGAAAAUUCGGAAGGAAACUGUCCAUGUUUUUGGGAGGUCUGGUGUUUCUGGCAGGAGCCGCUAUCAAUGCAGCCGCGGUUAACGUGGCCAUGCUUAUUGUUGGCCGUCUUUUACUUGGUAUCGGUGUUGGUUUCGCCAAUCAGUCGGUGCCACUGUAUCUGUCUGAAAUGGCUCCAUACAAUUACCGUGGUGCUCUCAACAUCGGCUUCCAACUCAUGAUCACGCUGGGCAUCCUCUUCGCCAACCUCAUCAACUACGGCACAGCCAAGAUCAAGGGUGGCUGGGGUUGGCGCAUAAGCUUGGGCGGUGCAGCCGUACCUGCAUUCAUCAUUGCCGUUGGGUCAUUCUUCCUACCCGACACACCCAACUCCAUCAUAGAGCGGAACAUGCCGGAGAAAGCAAGGAACAUGCUCCGGCGCAUCCGUGGCACAGAAGACGUCACCGAGGAGUUCAACGACCUGGUGGCCGCUAGCGAAGCGUCGAAAUUGGUAGAGCACCCCUGGAGAAAAAUAUUGCAGAGAAAGUACAGGCCACACCUGGUGAUGGCCAUCGCCAUUCCCUUCUUCCAGCAACUCACUGGAAUCAACGUCAUCAUGUUCUACGCCCCCGUCCUUUUCAAGACCAUCGGGUUUAAAUCCGACGCUUCUCUUAUGUCCGCUGUCAUCACCGGUUUGGUUAAUGUGGUUGCCACGUUCGUUUCCAUUUUGACCUCCGACAAAUGGGGUCGACGAAAAUUGUUCUUGGAGGGUGGAGCCCAAAUGCUUGUCUGUCAGAUCGCGGUGGCAAUUCUGAUCGCCCUGAAAUUCGGGACGGACGGCCAGGCGGACGGUAUUUCCAAGGGAUACGCUGGAGUGGUGGUGUUCUUCAUCUGUGUGUACGUGGCGGGUUUUGCGUGGUCAUGGGGGCCAUUGGGAUGGCUGGUGCCCAGUGAGAUAUUCCCACUUGAGAUACGGUCAGCGGCCCAGAGUAUCAACGUGGCGGUGAACAUGUUGUUCACCUUCGUCAUAGCUCAGGUGUUCCUGACGAUGUUGUGCCACUUCAAGUUUGGACUCUUCUGUUUCUUCGCCGGUUGGGUGGUGGUAAUGACCAUCUUCGUAUUAUUCUUAUUGCCGGAGACAAAGGGAGUGCCCAUCGAAGAGAUGAUGCGCGUUUGGAAGCAACACUGGUUCUGGAGCAAGUACAUCCCCGACGAUGCGGUGAUGGGGAGUUUGGAGAUGGCAAAUGGGGGCAACGUCAAGUCUGUCGAUUGAAUUUCAAUUUUUAUCGCGUCCCGCUGUUAAUACUUAAUACGAAAAAAAAAUGAAAAAAAAAAAACUCGUAAAAUCUGGGUGGCUAAAUAGACGGAGGAAAAAAAAGGAACAUUGUUUGAUUCGUGAUUCCUUUGUCGUUUGAUUAAUUUGAUCUUUAGAAGGGUCGGUAAUGCCUGGGGGAUAUUGUACUAAAGAUCUUUUCUUUUCUUUUUUUUUCCUUUUCAAGGGAUGUGAAUAACUGGUAGGUUUAUUUAUUUAACGGGACAAAUAAUAUAAAUGUAGUGUUUCUAUAGAUGGGUGGUGAUGUUUGAUAAUUUUAUAAAUGGUCUUUUGUGGAAAGGUUGGCCCCUAUUCAUGAUGAAACCGAAAUUGCCUUCCUGUUUCCAUUUGGUCGGUGUUA